AUGAAGGUUAUGAAAGCGAUGAAGAAGCUUAAGUUCUGGUCAAGAAAGAAGAGGAAACGUAAGCAAACUUGCCCAUCUCAGUCUCACCAAUGCUCUUGUGACUACUCCUCCGUGGCCUCACCGGUUGAGCCCACAGCGCCUCCUCUGCCGUUUUGGUUCGAUGAGACUCAGAGUUUUUGUGCGGCAGAGUCAUCAGCAUUUCCUUGGAAUACUCAGCUGCCUCACGAACAAGAAGAAACCAUUGAGGAGAUAAAACCGUUGUCUCAAGCGUCUGAUCUUCGCUUAGAACGGUCUUAUCAGCAGUACAUGGUCCCCAAUCCAAGUUUUGGUGUUCCCAUUGUAGAUGCAGCUCCAGCCAAGAAGAGAUCAGUGGGAAUAUUUGGUUGUGUUAUCGAGUUAAGUUCAACUGUAGCUCGUUGUUUCUUCAAGUGUUUUAGCAAUUAA